CAGACGCAUUUGUGUUUUCUUCUCGUCAUCGCUGCCACAAUGCCGGUGAUUUGCAUCGGUCCUAUCUGCAUUCCAUGGUCGGUGAUUCCAGCGAUCGUGUUCUUCCUCUGGAAGUUUGCCAAACCACUUCUGCCAAAGGAGUGGGCUCAAAGCAUUGAGAAUCAGAUGACAAAGUUCAUGGACUACUUGCGAGACUUGGGGGUACCCGGCUUUGGGAAGAAGAAGGCGGGCAGCACCAACGGUGCCAGUGGCCCCGUGAAGUUUGGGGAGGUCGGCCAUUUAGCCUCUGCAGAACAGUUGGCUGAGCUGCAGCAACGGUCGAAGCAGGAGUCUUGGGCCUUGGUCCUCGACUUCACCGCUCCUUGGUGCAAGCCCUGCCAAGCCAUUAAGCCACGCUUCCAGGAGCUUGCUCGUCAGUAUCCUCAGGAUUGCUUCCUAGAGGUGAACGCUGACGAUUUGGAUGACGUAACGGCCAAGUGUGGUGUCAUGGGGCUUCCAACCUUUCAGAUCUAUCGAAACGGUGAGCAGGUCACCAGCAGCACAGGUCUUGAUGAAGCCGGUCUGGUAAAGCUCUUGAGUGAUCAUCUUGGACCCGUGGGCACCAAGAAGGGACAGUGAGGUGAAGCAGCUUUUGGUCAACCAGACCAGCGGAGCUGAAUGGGCGGAAGCACGAGGAAAAUCCUCAAUGAAAAACACGCGCGCUGAGCAGUUCGGCUGCGCAAAA